UUUUUUCUGGUAACUCAAUGUGCUCCUCAGAAAAAGUUCCGCCGGCAUAUGAUUCGGGGAAGACCUAUGGGUGGUUUUGUUCCCAAACCAACGAGAAAUGAAAAGUAUGCUCGGGAUAUAUCUUUCGUGGCAGAUUCUUUCCAAAACAAAGUCGACCACUUCAGUAACACAUCAACUGCAGUCUACACUCAGAGGUACUGGUACAAUGAUCAUUGGUACACGCCAGGUGGUCCAGUUUUCUUGAUGCUUGGAGGAGAAUCUGAGGAGGAUCCGUACUGGGUCCAAGACGGAGAUCUCGAAUGGCUACAAUUGGCUGCACAAAACGGGGCAUUUGUCUUCCUCCUGGAACACCGUUACUACGGUCAAAGCAGGCCCACACCGGAUAUGUCGACAGCGAAUCUUGUCUACCUCAGCUCGGCUCAAGCCUUAGAGGACAUGGCCGUAUUUAUCAACGGUAUGAAGGCGAAGUUCCCGCAACUGGCUGGUGCACAUUGGGUAACGUUUGGUGGAUCGUACUCAGGAGCUCUUGCUGCAUGGGCUCGCGUCAAAUAUCCGGGACUGGUUUCAAUGGCUGUCGGAAGUAGUGGCCCUGUACAGGCUGAGGUCGAUUUUGUUGAGUAUCUGGAAGUAGUACAAAACUCGAUCACGCGUACAUCCCCUCAAUGCGCUCAGUCGGUGACCACAGCGAUGAACCAAGUCGCUUCGCUGCUACAGACGGCAUCUGGCAGGCAAAGUCUGAAGACCACCUUCAACCUUUGCGAGGAUUUGGAUCCGACAGAUGCGAAACAAAUUGAGACCUUCUGGCAGACUGUCUACAGUCCUUACAUGGAAGUAGUGCAGUACUCUGGAGACAAUGCUGGCUUUUUCGCUAGUUUAUUGACGAUCCAAAAUGCAAUCUGCCGUUUCCAUAAUACUCAGGACAAUUCGUUAACCAAAUUACGAGAGGUAAACAAUUAUUUCAAUGCACUGAUGGGUUACAGUGGCUGUGAAGAUAUCGAUUACUCGAGCUUUAUCGAAUUCAUGCAGGACACCACCUAUGGGGAUGCACAAGAAGUACGAGCUUGGGUCUGGCAAACCUGUACGGAAUUCGGCUACUAUCAGUCUACUGACUCGCACACUGCUGGACCAUUCUUUGGUGGAGAGCCGGCGUUACCAGUGCAGUACUACAUUGACGAAUGUACUGCUAUUUAUGGACCUGACUACAACUCAGCAUCGGUAGCAGCAGCUGUCGCAAACGUCAACAGCUAUUACGGUGGAAGGGACCAUAUGGAUUCCUCCUACAUCAUCUUGCCGAAUGGAAACUUCGAUCCAUGGCAUGCACUUGGUAAACUGAACAGCACUACCACUCUCAUAACCCCUGUUGUAAUCGAUGGAGCAGCCCACUGUGCUGACAUGUACGCCCCACUUCCGAGUGAUACACCAGCGUUGACUGCUGCUCGGAAUCUCAUCGCUGCGCAACUUCAUCAAUGGCUCCAGCGACCUGCGCCCACGUUUACUGAACUUCUACUUCCAGGAGCAGCCCACUGUGCUGACAUGUACGCCCCACUUCCAAGUGAUACACCGGCGAUGACUGCUGCUCGGAAUCUCAUCGCUGCACAACUUCACCAAUGGCUCCAGUCGAUCAACUAA